CGCAUUUGAAUCCUCGUCGCCCUCGGUCGGAAAAUUCUUUGGAAAAGCGCCUCAAAAUUCGGUCAGCUCGAAAGGAGGCACAGGAACAACAAAUGUGGCAAAUGUCCUUAUGAGGCGCCCGCCCAGAGUUCUCGCAAUAGUACCACGCGUGUGUGUGUUUGUGUGACAGUUCACGCUAUUUGCUAGCUUCUUGGCUAAAAAAAAUUAUAUAAUUUUUUUUUUAAUAAACCAAACCCAAGGAAAUGCAAAUUUUAUUCAACCGAAAUAACAGUCUUUCCGCAAGCUGGCGAACACCCAUUUAGUGUGCCACCCGUCGCCGCCGCCGCCGCCGCCGCCCCCCCCACGGAACAUCCACUCUCCGACCUGCUUAUUUUUCCAGAGAAAACUUUUGGGCUCUGUCUGCAGCUACUACCAUCUAGUACAGUCGCUUCUGGAACAUUUUAAUUCGCUUAAAAGUGCAUUAAGGUCUAGGCAGACACUCACACACAGGCCUUACGUGUUGAGACGAGACACAAAAGUUGGAAUUAGUUUUCUGAAUUGGCCCAGACCGCUGCACUUGUGGCUGGGGUUUGAAAUUCCAGAGAUGAGUCCAAAACUUUGAGGCUAGCCGUAACCAUUUUCUGCAUUUGCACGAACGAGUCGAGUUCCAUCCAAGAGGCAGACACACCUGAGAGCCGAACGUGGCAGGGCAGCUGAAGUGAGGCCGAGGCGGAGGCUGGGAGAGUGCUCUGCGGAUGCAUUUCAUUUGGAAGGGGCCCCGACAAAGACAAUACGGAGGGUUUAAGGAGUGCCUUGGCCCGUUUACGCAACAGAACGGGCCCCUCAGUUCCACAACAACCCACACCGCCAACCUCUCCCCUGCCUACCUCCAACUCCAGAUACACCAAUCCCUACCAGCAUCCAGCCGCCAAUUCCUUGUCAUCGCCCACAUCUGCUGCCGUCUUGCCGCAUUCUAACGCGGUCAUAUCAUUAAAGCCAACGGAAGCGGCAUCGGCAUCGGCAACGGCCACUGGUCGGGGAAGGGGACGAGAGAGGGCCGGUGCUGGUGCUGAAACUGAAACCGCUGGAAGCGCAGGGGCUAGAACAGGGGCUGCUCGCAUCACAGGAGGAGCCAGGACAGGAGCUGCUGAUGCAGACGGGAACCGCAUCAAUGGCCUCGUCCAGAACCCUGACCGCUAUGUGCCCGGCUCCCCCAUUUUUCGCGACAGCAGUCCAGCGCGCCCCGCCACCUCAGCCUCAGGGGCGCCUAUAACAGCUGCGCCUGCCCCGACCACGUCCAGGAGCCGCACCAAAGCCAUGACGGCGGCCGUAACGAAUGCAGCACAGGACAGAGGAACCAACAGCAAUUCUAACGCCAUUAAAUCCAGGCCGCCCGCCUGCUACAUGAGCACCCGAUCGGCUGCCAUGAUGGCCCUGACUCUGGGCCAGACAUCGGUGGGCAGCUCCAACGUGAAAUCCUCGUCCGCCCAACAAACUUCCACUCCCGUUCUGCCCCAGGCCGUGUCCAGUCCGAGCUCAUCGCCGCGUCCCACCAACAGGAACGUCCCGAAUGUGGCUUCACCCACCAGCAGCGCGUCCAGGUCGAAGCCAUCCACCCCAACGGCAACGCGGGCAGCAGUGGCCGCAGCUCUGAACGGCGGUGGAAUCUUCUCCGGCGGCAGCAACUCCAGCGGGUCGGACAACGAUGGCUUCAGUACUUCCGGCUCGUCGACGGCCACGGCUCUGCGGCGGCUAUACUUUAAGAGCGGUCGCAGCAUCAAGAACAAGAUAAAUGCCUCGACAUCCUCGUCGUCAGCGACGCCACUGAACGGUCUGCCCCUGAAUCCCGUGUCCAGUGCCUACCACAAUUCCGUGAGUGGAUGCGGUCCGGCGAUGCAUAGCGUGGGCGUGGGAGGUGGAGGUGGAGUGCCCAAGCUGGUGGUGAUGGGCACAUCGUCGGCCUCUAUUCCGGACACCAACAUCAAUACGUCCACGGACUCGGCCAGCACUCUCAUCACGAACGUAACCCACACGGACACCUCGGAGACGUGCGAUUCCCUGGACUUGGGCGACAACUCUGGUCCCAGCGAGCCGCUAUUCAGUUCACUGGAGGAGCCCCUGCUCACCGCCAUUCAAAUCGAUUCCGAGCACGAGACGGGCGGCUGUGGUUCUGCUAAUGGACGCAGAGGCGUCGGCACUGAGCUGGAACUAACGAGCUGCUCGCGCUAUCCGCCGAGGCCCGACAUGAAUCUGCAGGACAGCACAGAGAGCCAAGAAUCCUGUUUAUCCAUCCUGACUGGCGACCAAUCGUCCACCACUCCACUGCUUUCGUCACAGCGGCGCCAAGCGGCGGGUGGCCACUCACCCGGCAGCCGGAGGGAGGAGCGACAGCCCAGCACUGCGCCUCCGCCGACACGGGCCCGGGACCACUUCACCUUCGAUCCCCCGCUGUCGCCCAAGUCGGCGCGCAGCAGCGAGAAGGCCCGCAGUCACUUCCCAUUCAAGGACGAGCCACGGGCACAGGCGCAGGCACAAGCACAAGCACAGCAGACGCGGCGCGGCUACAACUCGCACAGCGCGGGAUCCACCAACGGAGCAGCGGGAAAAGGAGUUGGAGCCGGAACGGAGGGAGGAAUUGGACCCGGAGGUGGUGGGGGUCGCACUGUGGCGGCUAGCGAGGGCGAUGAGGAGGAUGACGAGCGGAGCGGGGCAAGCGCCGCCAAUCGCAACAAGAAGCUUCGGCCCAGGGAGCGCGACCCAAAUGCUAACGACAGCUCUCGAACAUACAUAUCCCCCGGAGUUUCGCCAUCGAACAGCCGGCGGAGCAGCCCCAAGCGGGAGAAGAAACGUACCACACCCUCCGCCUCCACGGGCGCCAUCGCCAAGGUCAGCUCGGCGCCGCCCACGACGAAGGAUGGGCACUUUUUCAGCGCAUCCGGCAAGCAACAGCACCAGAACCAGCGGCAGACCCCGCAGCAGCUGUCGCCCUCGUCCUCGAUGAGUGCCCAGCAGAGGAAGUACUCCUCGAGCUCCUCCAGCGGGAGCAGCGAGCGCUGUCUGCGCGAGCUGGCGGCGGCGCCUGGCACCAUGUUUCCCUUCGACCGGGAGGCCCUGGACCACGAGAGAAUCCAGAGGGAGUGCUUUGCCCGCAGCUCGUCGACGGCCAGCGCCAGCAGCGACUCGGACGAGGCGGAGAACCGUUCGGUGUACGAGCGGAAGCUGGGGGCAGACAUUUUCCAGCAGUACUCGCGGCUCACCCAACAAGAGCAGCUGCAGCAGCAGCAACAGCAACGGGAGUGGGAGAGGGACCGACCACCGUCCCGGAAGAACUCGAAGCGUAUCCGGCCGGACUCGGUGAUCCACACGACCAUCCGGGAGAACCAGCAGUAUGUGCCGCAGUCGGACGCCUUCUACCCCCAGGCCAAAUCCUCCUCCUCGCCCAGCGACCACUCCUACGCGGAGCUGAACAAGUUCGACGACAUAGCCAACAAGUUUGAGCAGAUCCCGCCCAAGCACGGCUCCAGCUCCACCCUCAACCUGCACAUGCCCAGUCCGGGCAGCGAUUCCGGCCAGCAGGCCCUCAGUCCAACGACGGACGCCACCCGAAAGCGCUCCUUAAAGAGCAAGUCGAAGAACAGACCCAAGGAGGAUUACGGUUUCCAGUUGGAGGAGCGUGGCGCCGGACCCAUCAAUGUGACCGCCAAUCCCAUGGAGGCGGCUGCUAUCUGCAAGCAGCCACGCGCCACCAUCGUUGUCCAACAACCAUCUCUGAGCCUGGACAGCACCGUGGAGACGCUGCUGAUCAAGAACGAAGGCGAUUUCAUCAGCGUGGAGCAGGGCAAGGAGCUGAAUGCCCGCAAACGCAACUCCCAGCAACUGGCCCAUGCCCCCACCCACAGUCAUCAUCAUCACAGCCAUCACCAGCAGCAGGAGCAGCAGCAUCAGCAGCAUCAACAGCAUCAACAGCAGAAGCAGCAGCAGCACCACCAUCAUCCGCAGCAGCACAAGCGGGACGAGAACAUGAGGCAGCUGCUGGAUGUGACCAAUACGCUCACCAUUGAGGAGCUGCGCGACUUUGAAAUGCGCUACGGCUCGCCCCAUCACAGCCGCUCCCAGUCGGUGAAGAUGCCAGGUAGUCGUGCCUCCGGCAGGCCCAAUCAGCUAUGUCUCCCCCAACAGAGAUCCAGAGUGGCUUCCAUGCCCAACACUGGUGUCGAGGAGGAGUACUACCGCCUGCGCCACUUCUCCAUCACGGGCAAGGGUGUGGUGAACCGCGGCGACUCGCUCAAAAGCCGCCGCAGCCGCUCCAACAACAGUGUGGCAAGCUCGAAUUCCAGCACAGAGCACUUGACCGCCCAGCAGCAGCAGCUACAGCUACAGCUGCAGCAGCAGCAACAGCAACAGAUACAGCAGCUGCCUGCCCCCACCUCCAGCUCUGCCAGAACAUCGCUGGCAUCCAGCCGGGAGAGCAGCACCUCCAAUCCGGGCAACGGGCCAUACAGGGUACUAAUGCUGGGGGGUCCGGCCGUGGGCAAGAGUUCGCUGGUCUCGCAGUUCAUGACGUCGGAGUAUCUGCACGCCUACGACACGAGCAUCGAUCUAGGCAACUGUGAUAUACGCAUUCAUAUUGAUAAAGCCGCCGACGAUGAUGAGUCUGGCGAGAAGGCCGUAUCAGUAUUACUCAGUGGCGAGGAAUCGGAAUUGAUAUUCAUCGACCAUGGAUACACCGAAAUGACUCCGGAUGAGUGCUUGACCAACUAUGAUCCUCAUGGCUACUGCGUCAUAUACUCGGCUGCAGACCGUAGCAGCUUCACCGUGGCGGAGCAGGUGCUCCAGGUGCUCUGGACCAAUCAGAACAUUGCCCAGAAAGCAGUCAUAUUGGUGUCGAACAAAUCGGACCUGGCCAGGAGUCGACUGGUUACAUCUGAAGAGGGAAAGGCCAUGGCCACAGCCUACGAUUGUAAAUUCAUCGAGACUUCGGUGGGCAUCAAUCACAACGUGGACGAGCUGCUGGUGGGACUGCUCUCGCAGAUACGCCUCAAGCUGGAGAACCCCGAGAAGUCCAGAGAUCUGUUCCGGAAGCGUUCGAUUAGAAAGUCGAAGCGUCGCGCCUGCUCACCGCUGAACGCUGGCUGCCUGAAUGCCAACAGCCCGCUGGGACCGCUGGGCGGGCCUCUGGGCGAGGCCCCCGGCACGCCACCAGGAAGCUCCCAAAGCAGUCCCCGUAAAUAUCGCGGCUCCCGAACCUCCACCAGCCUGAAGGUCAAAGGACUGUUGGGACGUGUCUGGACCAGGGAUUCCAAGUCCAAGAGCUGCGAGAAUCUGCAUGUGCUCUAAGCAAUUGGAGGAUGCCCCUCCAUUGCAUAAUGUGCUUUUUUUUCCAGAAAGAACCAAAGAACGCAACACUAAACCGAAUCCCGAGGAUUUCCUAUAGAGUAUAAGAGGGCGCUGAGCCUCCCAAAAAAUUGCCUAAGUUACAGACUCGAUGACUCAUUUGUACAUAUUGUAUAAUUUUAGUUAAAUCGUAUUCUUUACUCUAGUCAUUUCUACAUUAAAUCCUGUAUAUAGUUUGCUUAAAUAUAAAAACCCUAUUU